AUGACAUAUGAAACCAUGGAAACUGUUGACUUUGGUGAAAUGGCAUGGCGUAUGGCCAAGCUUAUGGAAAAGCAUGUGGUUAAUCCGGAGCUGCGGAGCUGGAUCAUGCCGGCCUUUAGCACCACCACUACGUCCGACGAAGUGGUGGCAGCUAUCUUGAUGGUGGGCUCCAUACAGAAGUAUUUCUCAUACCAAUUCACUAUACGGUGCGGAAUUCCAUCUGUCACUUUGCUCGGCGAGCGAGAGGACUGGGAACUCAUGGUACCAAAGCUAGCUCAGCUAGCUCAGCUGGGAGAUGAGCCUGCUCGAUUUGCUCAACUGCUUCGGCCGGUGCUUAAUACUUUGUUGCUACCUUCGAUAACCCCGAAGCUCCGGAUGUAG